CGCGGAAUUCACGAUCGAGAGAACUUCGUCGCGUGAUAGUCGCCCAAGUCCCCGUACCAUGCCAACGAAGGAAGUCGCCACCAGGCCUCGAACAUCACCAGGAAGGGAAGGGCAUAAUAACGGCACGGUCAACCGCGACAAUCGAUGGGAAAUGUUAUCAAGUUUCCAAUUCAUCCUCUUAACAAUUCUCUUUACUUUGUUCCUGUGCCGACGAAUUCGAACGACAUUGGGUCUCAAAAGACGAGAGGGAAAAGGACUUUUGCGAUACAAGCAAGUCAAGAUGAAGUUUCUCUGUCUCCCUGGUGCCUACGGCAGUGCACAGAACUUUGAAGUCCAAUUCGGUCCUCUCGCGAAAGAAUUCAAACGCCGUGGUCUCGGCACUUUCACCUACUCGCAAGGCACGCACGAAGUUGCCGCGCCCCCCGGUUGGGAAGACUACUUUGGCAAACCCCCUCUCUACCGGUUCCUCGACGUCUCCCAAGGCGAUGCCUUUGAAACUCUACGCCGGCUGCGCCACGUACCGCGCGGCCUGAACCCCGAAGACACCAUGCGCCAGCUGCAGGGUGCGACGGUCGAGGAGGACUGGCACCAAGAGGCCUGGCGCCACGCUCUGAAUGGCGUCUUCAAGACGAUCGAUGAAGACCCGGAGAUCGAUGCCAUCCUUGGCUACAGCGAGGGCGCGAUGGUGGCGGCGAGCACGAUUGUGGAGGAGGUGGAGCGGUGCGCGCGAGAGAAGGGGAGGGAGAGAAGAAUCAAGUUUGCCAUCUUCAUCGCAGGCGCACCGCCCCUGAAGUUCGAAGGGGACAAGCGCAUCACGGCGCAACUAUACGACGAAGUCGGCACGUGCAUCGACAUCCCGACCCUCCACAUCUUUGGCUGCGACGACGCCUUCCUGACCUCGGCAGUCGCCUUGUUCAACGUCUGCGAGCCGAGCAGCGCAGUCAUGUACGAUCACGGACUCGGCCACAUUGUGCCUCGUGACGCCGAGAAUGUGGCCCGCCUCGGAACCGUCCUCAGCAAUCUCAUCCCGAAAGUCGAAGACCAAAUCAAAAGGGCGGCACACUUCAGCAGGAAGGAAAAGAAGAGGGAGGAAAAGGAGGCGAAGAAGAACAAGCGGAGGGUAGCUGCUGCGGCCGAGGGCGGUCAGGGAGUGGGAGAGGGAGUGCGACCGGGAAUGCACCAGCGCGGACACUCGCACCUUUCUGCUACGUCGACGCAGGGACACAGCAGUUCGGGCCCGACAACGAGCGGAAGCAUCACGCCGGCGGAGGUGGACUUUACGGUUGCUAUGCUGAAGGGGACGGACGUCUAGGCCCGAGCGGCCCAGAUCACCUACCCAACAUUGGAUUCCGGAUGAGGUGAAAUGAGGGAUCGGGUGAGGACCGUGGAUUAUGGCGCUGAGAUUGCAUGGAAAUGGUCUGGAAACCGCAUGGGGAACGGACAAGACUGUAUUAGAAGGGGGGAUAGGGAGUUGGAGUUGGGACGUGACAAGGAAACGAGCAACGGCAAAUGUUUGAUACCAGCGAAGACAACAACAGAUCACCUCGCCGACAUCCAAUAUCAUCAAAGCGCUUAUAUUACUUCG